GAUCGCUAAUGGAAGUGGUCAGAAAAUAAUAAUAAAGAAAUAGGCGGAGGAAGGGGAUGGAGAGGAGAGGCGGUUGCUGUAUUGCGAUGUAUGGCGGAGGCGGAGACGCCAACGUCGCUUGGAAGGUGGACCGGAUCAUGCUCAAGUUCCGGCCCAUCGCCCCCAAGCCCGUCGUUGGCUCUCCGACCGUCGUCGCCGCCGCCCCCAAGGAGGCGUCCGCCGGGGCGAGGAGGCCGAAGCGGAAGGGACCCGCCAUCUCCGCCGCCGCUGCCAGAGGGAGGAAGCCGAGGAAGGUGGAGGCGACGCCGCUGCCGCCGCCGAUCGUGGAUGAAGGGAAGUCGUUCUCCUCGUCGACCAUCGUGACUCUGCCGCUGAUGCCGGAGACGCCGGAGAGGAAGGGCGAUCCGGCCGGAGCGCCGCCAAAAUGGUGCCCUACUCCUGCUGCGGUGGCGCCGGCGUGGAUGGGGCUGGGGGAGGGAGAAGCGGCGGACGUGGUGGUGGCGCCGCGGCCGGUCCGGGCGGUGGUGUCCUGGGUGACGGUGGAGUGCGUGACCGACACGUGGAGGGAGGGGGAGGUCUCAUGGAGGAACGACAAGGUGGCCAGGGCGGCGCUGGCGGCGGACGAGUGCCCCGGGUUCGUGUCGGACGAGUGGGGCGGGGUGACCUGGACCAACGAGGCGUACCGAAGGAUGGUGCUGGGCGAGGGUAGCGGUUCCUCCUCCGCGGCCGGCGGAGUGAAGGAAGAAGAAGAGGAGGAGGUGAGGGUUAAGCUGGUCGCGCGGGGGCUGGUCCCGGCGGCGAGGACGUGCCGCGCGUUCACGUGCAGGGUGCGCGUAAGGCACGCGGAGCGGCCGAAGGGGCCACCGUCUCUGGCGGCGCCGUGCGACGUGUGGAGGCUAGACGGCGGCGGUUGCGCGUGGAGGCUCGACGUCAAGGCGGCCCUGAGUCUGAGCGUGUAGUACUCGUAGCAGGGAAGCGAGGCAGGUGUCUGUAUGUACAUAUUUUCGCUAACAUAUGGAAUGCUUGUCGUCGAGCGCA